AUGGAAGAGGUCUACAUGCGGCAACCCCCGGGGUACGAUGAUGGUAGCGGAAGGGUAUGGAAGCUCAAGCGUACCCUCUAUGGCUUGAAUCAAAGUCCACGCGGAUGGUACAAGCGCAUCGACGAGUUUCUUCUUCAACACGGCUUCACUUGUAGCGAGUGCGAUAGCGCUUUGUACGUGUUGAAGGAAGGGGAGAAGCAAUUGGUGCUUUUACUCUACGUCGAUGACCUACUCCUCUUCUCCGACUCCAAAGACCUCAUUCGGGAGGUCAAGCAACGGCUAGGGGCGGAGUUUGCGAUAAGGGACUUGGGGCCGGUCACGUACUACCUUGGGAUGCACGUCGACCGUGACCGAGCCAGUGGGACCAUCCACCUCCACCAAGAGAAGUAUGUGAAGGGGGUAGUGGAGAGCUUUGGCAUGGGCAAUAGCAAACCGGUGGGAACACCACUAGCUACGGGAUUUUCUUGCCUCACGGGAGAGGAAGAAUCCACCCUCGACGAAGCCGAAGGGAAGCGGUUUCAUUCGCUAGUGGGCUCGCUCAUGUAUACCGCCGUUUCUACUCGUCCCGACCUCGCAUACGCCGCCGGGGUGCUUGGACGAGUCGUGAGCAACCCUCAUACCGAGCAUGUGCGCGCGGGAGGACGCGUUCUACACUACCUCCAAGGCACACCUAACUUGGGGCUCGUGUAUGAAGCUGGCCCAAUCGAACUCAAUGGCUAUGCCGACUCGGACUACACAGGAGAUCCGAGCACGUGCAAGAGUACCUCCGGGUAUGUCUUUACCUUUCUUGGGGCAGCCCGGAGCUUGGGCAUCCUCAACCGAACCCAACUCCUCUCUUUUGUGACAACCAAGCCGCCAUAA